AUGUCAACCAACGGGCGAAAUCCCAAUGAUUUUUCAGAUGAAGAAGAAAUAGAUGAAUCAGAGCUAGACUUAAAUUAUGGAGAUAUAGAAGAAAAGUUUAGACCAAAGUUUCAAGAUACAUUUGAUAAUUUGAUUGUAGUACAUGGAGCACCGAUCGUAGAUCAAAGUAAACGUGAUCGUUUGAUUAAAGCAAUCGUAGCUACUUUUGCUAAGAAAAAAAUUCAUAUUUCGGAUACUAAGAUUGAAAUGCCACAAGAUGAAGAUGGUUUGAGUAAAGGAUAUUUGUUUAUUGAACUUGAUCAUCCAGAAGAUGCUGAUCGAGCAGUUCGUAAUUUACACGAUUAUCCAUUCGAUAAGAAACAUCGAUUUACCGUUAUUCGUUUUACUGAAGUCGAACGUUACUCUCAUGUACCUGAUGUCUUUGUUCCACCUGUACUCGAAGAAUAUAAACCACGUGGUCACCUUAAGAGUUGGCUUGCUGAUCCACAAACUCGUGAUCAAAUGAUUUUAUAUCAAGGUGAAGAUGUUAAAGUUGCAUGGCAUGGUAGGAAUGGUGUACCCGAAGUGGCUCAUAAACGAACGAAAUGGACUGAAGCUUACACCGCCUGGUCUCAUGAGGGUACUAUCCUUGCUACUGUUCAUACUCAAGGAGUAGCACUUUGGGGUGGACAUAAUUUCGAUCGAAUCCAUCGACUAUACCAUCCAAAGGUCAAACUGAUCGACUUUUCUCCGAUGGAAAAUUAUCUCGUGACUUGGUCCGAUCAACCCAUCGAACUUUCUAACGAUCCUCAAGUUCCACAAGUUUUUACAGAAGAUGAUCAAGGUCAUAGUAUUGCUGUUUGGGAAGUCAUGACUGGAAAGUUACUUCGUACAUUUCCUGUCUUGAACGACCAACCUACCGAAGAUGGAGCCCGUAUCAAGUUCCAGUGGCCUAUGUUCAAAUGGAGCGGAGAUGAUCGUUAUUUGGCGCGUAUCACACCAGGACAAGCCAUCAGUGUCUACGAGACUCCAGGUAUGGGAUUAUUGGAGAAGAAGAGUAUCAAGAUUGAAGGUGUGGUCGACUUUGAAUGGUGUCCUUUGGGUGAAAAGGAGCGUGAAGCUGUACUAGAAGCGCAAAAGCUAGUAGAACAAUCGGCUGGACAGAAGAAUGGAGCUUCUGAAGUAGCUCCUAAGAAGAAGGGUACUGAACAGCCCAGCAUGAUGGCCUACUGGACCCCUGAAGUAGCUAACCAGCCCGCUCGAGUCUCUCUUAUGGCGCUACCGAGUCGUGAUACCUUGCGAUCGAAAAACUUAUUCAACGUUCACGAUGCUAAGAUCCACUGGCAAUCCAAUGGCGACUAUCUAUGUGUCAAGGUUGACCGACACACGAAGACCAAGAAGACCACAUAUUGUAAUCUUGAACUCUUUCGAGUACGCGACAAAUCAUUCCCUGUUGAUGUCAUUGAGAUCAAAGAUACCGUUACUGCAUUUGCAUGGGAGCCGAAAGGAAAUCGAUUUGUGUUGAUUACAACUAGUGACCCUAGUGUCUCACAAGGUCCUAUCCCCGGUCAAGCUAUCAAAACUAGCGUCCAUUUCUAUGGCAUAGAUUCUAAAAAAGGAGAAUUCCGUCUGUUGAAAUCAUUCGAUGGAAAGUCAUGCAAUUCGGUUUAUUGGUCCCCUAAAGGAAGACAUGUGAUUACUGCUACAAUGGAAUCCACUUCGAAAUUCGAUCUCGAAUUUUGGGAUACUGAUUUAGAUGAAAGUGAAAAAGAACCUGGAUCGGGGAUUCAAUUAUUGGCAUCGGUUGAACAUUAUGGAAUGACUGAAAUUCAAUGGGAUCCAAGUGGUCGAUACGUUGCCACAUUGGGAAGUAUUUGGGUCAAUUCAAUGGAAGCUGGUUAUGCUAUUUGGGAUUUCAAAGGUGAACAAUUACAUAAAGCUCAAUUAGAAAGGUUUAAACAAUUAUUAUGGAGACCAAGACCUAGAACAUUAUUAAGUAAAGAAGCUCAACGUAAGAUUCGAAAGAAUUUCCGAGAAUAUAGUAAAGUCUUUGAAGAAGAAGAUCAACUUGAAGCUAGUAAUGUAAGUGCUGAAUUGAUUGCACAUAGACGUAGAUUGUUAGAUGAAUGGGAUGCUUGGAGAUUAUCAUCUAAACGUCAAUUAUUAUUGGAUCAAGAAGAGAUGGGUAAACUUCCGAUGGAUAAACCGGUUGAUCGAAAAGAUGAUGUGGAACAGAUACAAGAAUGGAUCGAAGAAGUUAUUGAAGAAACUGAAACUGUGAUUGGUUAG